AUGGCAGCGAGUACGGCAGAUGCUGAGAGGGACGUACGGCAGGGCGUCCGCACGUACGGCCAAAGGUGGCGGGAAGAGGGGGAUGGUAACGUGGAUGAGGACGAAAUGCAGAAACGGGAAGGGACAGACGAAAAGGCGGAGUGGCGGCCGGACCAGCAUUGGACUUUCCUUCGGGGCGUUGAGCCAACAGCACACGGACAGGAGUACGAGGUGGCUCCUUUCCUGGCGCCGCCGCUGCCGCCGCCGUUGCCCGUGCUGCCGCCGGCGCUGCUACAGCAGGAGAUGCCGCCGUACCGUACACCCGUUGAAGCAGCCGCAGUGCUGGUGGUGGCGGUGAAGCUGUGGGCGGUGAUGAAAGUGGUGGUGAAGGCCUGGGUUGCCGCGCGGGCUGCGGGAGCAGGCCAUAACCACAGGGCCGUUAGCAAUUCAAUCCACCACGUGGUCAAAUGUGGAGGUUUCACAGCCCCUCUGUGCGCGACGGAGAAGGCAAGCCAACCAGGGUUCCGAUGA